AAGAAAUUUUCUUAUUAGUUUGGUGGGAGUAUAAAAGAGUUAGCGGGAAAUCAUUAUUCGUGAUUUUACCGAAUUGAAAUUUUCUCGAUCUUUUCUUCUUCCAUUUCUCCUAGCAAAAACCCUUGCUUUGUUCGUUCUUUUCAUUCUCUCACAAACGAUCACACUUGGGAAAUCAAGCUCAAGUAAGUGCUUCGCAAGAGCUAGGAGAUCUUCCUUUAUCUCUUAAUCAAGAAAACCUUUCGAUCCUAGUUCCAAUUCCAAGCAAGAAACAAUGGCUGACGCUGCUAUCAGUGCUACUGUUAAGGUCGUCUUGGAGACGGUCAUUUCCAUUGCCACGGACCGUGUUGGUAUGGUUCUCGGGGUCAAAGCAGAGUUGGAGAGACUAAGCAACACUGCUGCAACGAUCCGAGGUCUCUUGGCUGAUGCUGACGGGAAAAUGCAUAGCCCAGGGGUGCGAGAUUGGCUCAAGAAGCUAGAGGAUGAGGUUUUUAAAGCUGAUACCGUGCUGGACGAGCUCAACUACGACAAUCUUCGUCGGGAGGUGAAGUACCGAAAUCAACUCACCAAGAAGAAGGUAUGCUUCUUCUUCUCCUUCUUUAAUGCAAUUGGCUUUAGUUCCAGCUUGGCUUCAAAGAUCCGGGACAUCAACACCAACCUAGAAAGGAUCAACCAGCAAGCCAAUGACUUGGGAUUGGUAAUCAAGUACCAAAUUGAAGCUGCACUCCCUGCUGAUGCCGCUGGUGCCACGACAAGCAGACAGACCGACUCUAUCAUUGUUCCAAACGUUGUAGGAAGAUCCGGCGACGAGUCAAAGAUAGUGGAGAUGCUAUUGACCCCAUCUGAAAGAGUUGUCUCAGUUAUUCCCAUAACAGGCAUGGGUGGCCUGGGUAAAACAACUCUUGCUAAAUCAGUCUACAACAAAAUAGAAAUUGAUGAGAAUUUUGGCAUAAAGAGUUGGGUUUGUGUGGCUAGAAAAAUUGAUAUAGUGGAGCUGUUUAAAUUGAUUUUAAAAUCGUUGACAAGAACAAAGGUUGAAGUGGAUGACAGAGAGGUUAUCGUUAAAAAAAUUGGAGAAAAGCUCAAGGGACAAAGAUAUUUCCUUGUUCUUGAUGAUGUGUGGGAUCAUGAUCAAGGAUUGUGGGAUGACUAUUUCAACACUUUGAUGGGACUCAACGAAACCAAAGGAAGCUGGUGUCUUCUCACUACUCGUCGAGAAUCAGUGGCUAAUGCUGUGCCUAGACAUUUGCAAAUGAAUGAUGGUCCUUAUUCCUUAGGAAAGCUAUCAGGUGAUGAGUGUUGGUCCAUCAUAAAAAGAAAGGUGCUCGCAGGGGAAGAAGUACCAAAAGAAUUGGAAGUAUUGAAGAAGCAAAUUUUAAGGAGAUGCGAUGGCCUCCCACUAGCAGCAAAGUUAAUUGGAGGUUUGUUGCUUAACAGUGGAAAAGAGGAGUGGCAAUCUAUUGUGGAAGAGGGUCUCAUUGUGGAAGAGAGUCUUUUGAAUGAAUAUCAAAGCCAAAUUAAUCAAAUACUUAAGGUGAGCUUUGAUCAUUUAUCACCUGCAUCAGUUAAGAAAUGUUUUGCAUAUUGCUCGAUUUUUCCCCAGGACAAUGAAUUAGAAGAAGAUGAACUAAUUGAGCAUUGGGUUGCCGAAGGUUUUGUUCUACCGGAUCAGAAAAAUAAUAGAGUGAUGGAGGAAACAGGAGGCGAGUAUUUGAGGAUUUUGUUGCAAAAUUCCUUGCUGGAAAAAGUCGCAGAGUCGCAGAGAACAUACUAUAAAAUGCACGAUCUCGUCCAUGAUUUUGCAAAACCAAUUCUUAAUCCAGAAAGCAGCAAUCAGGAUCGCUACCUUGUAUUGGACUCUUCUAAAGGUUUGGAAGAAAAUACCAUGAGGACAAUACCAGCAUCAAUUCGCACAUUAUUUCUCCAUCUAAAGGGUGGCGUAUCUACUGACAUGCUUUUAAGAUUCAAGCACUUGCAUGUUCUCAGAUUGUCUGGCGAUGAUGUCGAGUCUCUACCGAGCUCCAUUGGCAAACUACUACAUUUGCGGUUGCUCGACAUUUCAUCUUCUAGAAUCAGAAGUUUGCCGGAAUCUCUUUGCAAGCUAUAUAAUCUGCAGACACUAACAAUGAGAGAUUAUGCACUUGAAGGAGGUUUUCCAAAACGGAUGAGCGAUUUGAUUAGCUUGCGGCAUCUAAACUACGACCAUGCUGAUGCGGAAUUUAAAAUGCCGGUGCAGAUGGGGACGAUUGACUUGUCUUCAAACUCUACAGUUCUUUAAUAUAAGUCAAGAGAGGGGUCGUGGUAUCGAAGAGCUUGGGACCUUGAAAUAUCUGAAAGGAUCGUUGGAGAUAAGAAAUCUUGGACUAGUGAAGGGCAAAGAAGCAGCUAAACAAGCAAAAUUGUUCGAAAAGCCAGAUCUGUCCUGCUUGGUGUUUGAAUGGGAGAGUGGGGAUCGGGAAAGCGAUAACCGUGAUGAGGAUGUGUUGGAAGGUCUCCAACCUCACCCAAAUUUGAAAACGUUGAAAAUUCAAUAUUUUAUGGGUAAUAAAUUUUCACAAUGGUUUGUGAAUUUGUCAAAAUUGGUGGAGUUGUGGAUACAAGAUUGCAAGAGAUGCAGUGAACUCCCCUCAUUAGGACAACUGCCAUCCCUCAAAC